AUGUCGGGAGCGUUCAAGCUUGUCGGGGAAAGUUUUGUGUUGUUACAAUUUGCUCCUGCAGCCGGUGUUCGCCAGUAUGAUUGGGCAAGAAAGCAGGUAUUUUCGUUGUCAGUUGCAGAAAUUGGAACUGUAAUGAGUCUCGGAGCAAAGGACUCGUGUGAAUUUUUCCAUGAUCCUAAUAUGGGGAAAAGCGAUGAAGGUAAGAUCAGGAAGGUAUUGAAGGUAGAACCACUCCCAGAUGGUUCAGGACACUUCUUUAACCUAAGUGUCCAGAACAGACUAUUGAACGUGGAUGAGAGCAUUUACAUUCCAGUUACAAGGGCAGAGUACACUGUCUUUGUCGCAGCUUUCAAUUACAUGUUGCCGUACCUAAUAGGCUGGCAUGCGUACACAAAUUCAAUGAAACCGGGCGACUCGAACACCAAACCAAAUAAUGCCAGCCCGAGGUAUGGAGCAGACUACGAAUGGAGCAAGUAGUUUACUGGUGAGGCAACAACACGAGAAUCUGCAACAAAAAGGCGUAUUCUUUCGUGCAAUUUUUUCCUGAUUGGGUCCAAUCAUACGUGUGUAUGAGUGUAUCAUGUUGGUUCAUUGAUGAAGGUCAACAAAUUUUGCUUCUGCCAUAGUUCUGUCUUCUCUUUGCGGGGACUUAAUUAUGUGUAUUGCAGGAUGUAGCGCUUUUCCUACAAGCUAAGUAUUGAGAAAUUAGUCAAGCGUAGUUUCCAGGUAACUACAGUGGAAUGUUGGUCUCUUUAGGUUAGGUUGGCUGUUCAAGCAUAUGAACUUCUUAGGCUGGCUGCUGGGGUUUGACCUGACCCUCUAGAGGUCAGAAAAUGGAAGAGUCGUGACCCGACAGGAAACAAGUUGGAAUUCAUUUUUUGUAGGGUGGAUUUCAGACUCAAACAGCUCCCUAAAGUUCCUUCUUUUGCUUCUUUGGCUUCUCUGCUAUCUAAGUCAGGGAUGCCCAUCCAGUUUGGUUCAACCAAAUUGAACUGGACUGCAUUCAU